CACACACACACACAAUCGCACAAUCAUGCAAACCUUACACACACAGAAACACACAAUGCAUUCCUUACACACACUAAAUGCACCCUGUACACACACUAAAUGCACCCUGUACACACACGCACACACUGCAUCCCGUACAUACACAGAAACACACCUUGCAGCCCUUACACAUACAAACACAGAUUCACACAAUGCAUUCCUUACACACAUAUCAGGACAUCCCCUACACACUCCACCCCCUGUCAACAAACUCGUUGGUGGAACAUGAAGAUGGACCCUGGGACCCAGACCUUGAGCUGUGUAAAGGGCCCCCCAAAAAUGGAGCUGCUUCCUGUUCUCCCAGAACAUUGAUUUUUGUGACCACAGUUACAAACAGCCUCCAGAGAGCCUGUUCUACACCAGACCAGUGGAGCCAGACUGCAGCUAGAGCCCAUCAUCAUCCUCAUCUGGUUGUAAGUAGGCAAUCUAGCAUAUUAUUCGUGGCACUAAUCUCUAAUUUACAUGGAAAGGGGUUCUAAUAUAAAUGGAAGGGGUAGAGACGGGUAGUAAAAUGUAUGGAAUGCAUUUCUGAAAGUGUCACUGAAUGGCAGUUAGGAAAUGUGGUCACCCUAAGUCAGGGGCAGUAUUACACAAUCUGUAUAUCUAUAAAAAAAAUAUAAAAAGUAAUCUGCAAAGUACAAAAUGUUUGUGUUAUAUGUCGUGCUAAAAAUUAAGCUAGGAAUGUGUAUUUAAAAAUUUUUUUUUUAGAAUAAUGAUACAGACAUUUUAUUUCUUACAUUUGUGAUGAUUCUUUUUUCCUCUCUAUAUUCAAGGGACACUAUAGUCACCAGAACCACAACAGCUAAACGUAGUAGUUCUGUUGUCUAUAGCAUGUCUUUGCAGGCUUUUUAAUGUAAGCACAGCCAUUUCGUAAAAAGGCAGUAUUUACAUUACUGAUGAGGAAUACCUCUAGUGGACACUCAGAUGGCCACUAGAGGUGCUUCCUAGUCGAGACAUGAAUGCCGCCCUAUGAAGUAUCUGUGCAUGUGCGGCAAAGCUGCGCAUGCGCACCAGAGAGCAAUGACGCUUCUGAAUAGAAGCGUUUUAUUGCUCCCUGCUCGCACCCUCCUAUUUCGUUAUUUUGACGAAAUAGGGGGCGCAGCAUCAGGAGGAUCCCGGCGCUGUAUCCAGGUAAGUAAAAUCCCUUCCCUGUAGUGACCCUUUAAAGUUAUUAUUUAAUCAUUUAUAUAGCAACUGCAAAUUCCGUAGCGCUGUGCAAUGGGAUAAACAACUCAUAGUUUACAGAAUAAGAAUAUACCCGGCAAGUAAAAAUGCUAUCCCCCCUAGAUUUUUUUGGGUUCCUACGCCCAUGCUUCUAACUAUCGUCCUUAAACCCUGCUCCCUUUUUCCUCAAAGUUUCUGGAAAGACUUGUCUUUACCCAUGUAUCUCACUUCCUCAAUUCCAACGCUCUCCUUGACCCUCUUCAAUCUGGCUUAUCAAAGUUACUAAUGACCUAAUCGCAGCUAAAUCAAAAGGCCCCUACUCCAUACUAAUUAUUUUUGACCUCUCUGCUGCCUUUGAGACGUUGAUCAUGCUCUCCUUCUUCAAACUCUUCAAUCCUCUUGUGGUUUUCCUUUUAUGUCUCACAACGCUCAUUCAGUGUCUCGAUUUCUAAUGAUACCUCCUCCCUUCAUCCUGUCUCAGUUGGAGUCCCCCAAGGCUCUGUCCUUGGUCCCCUCCUAUUUUCUCUUUAUACUGCCUCUCUUGGCAAACUUAUUACCUCAUUUGGAUUCCACUACCACCUGUACACCGAUAACACCCAGAUAUAUCUCUCCUCCCCGGACCUCUCCCCUGCCAUUUUGCAACGUGUCACUGCUUGCCUUUCUUCAAUCUCUGAUUAGAUGUCCUGCCACUUUCUGAAUCUCAAUCUCUCUAAAACUGAGCUCCUUGUCUUUCUUCCUCCUAAUACUGAUCCUCCUCUUUCGCUCUCCCUUCAAAUUAGUGGUAUGCACAUCAGUCCAUCCUUGCAAGCGCGCUGUCUUGGCCUCAUACUUGAUUCUGGCCUCUUCUUUGAGCCUCACAUCCAGCAUGUUACCAAAUCCUGUAGAUUCCAUCUUAAAAACAUAGCCUGCAUCGACUCCUUUUUUACACAAGAUGCUACUAAGGAGCUUGUCCAUGCUCUAGUAAUUUCCUGCAUGGAUUACUGUAACACCCUCCUAAUUGAUCUUCCCGUAUUGCCCUGCUACAGUCUGUAAUGAAUGCUGCCGCCAGACUCUCUAGUCGGUCCUCUCACACCCUCAUCCCUCUGUCAGUCCCUAUAUUGGCUUCCUGAAUCCUAUAGGAGUCAAUUCAAAGUACUAACCCAUACCUAUAAAGCAGUGAACAAUUCUAGCCCCUCUUAUAUCUCUUCACUGAUCCGUAGGUAUGCUCCUUCUUGGUCUCUCCGCUCUCAUGUUCACUGCUCGUAUGCGUACGGUCAACUCACACUUGCAGGACUUCUCGCGGGUGGCUCCCUUCCUAUGUAAUAGCCUGCUUACCGCCAUCAGACUCUCCCCUAGUCUUCAGUUGUUUAAAAAGUGCCUUAAAACCCAUCUCUUUAGGAAAACUUAUGGCCUCCCAGACAGGGCAAGGAUUUUUGCCGCCCUAGGCAAACAAAAAUUUGCCGCCCACCCAUAUGCUCUGCCCACCAUGUGACAUCACAGUACCCCACCCAUAUGAUCUGCCAUAUGAGCCAACGUCAGUGGUGCACACAGUGUCUUUGAAAAGGUAGUGUGUUUACAUUAAAAAGCCAGCAGGGACAGGCUGUAGCCACCAGAACCAGAACCAUUACAUUAAGCUGUAGUGGUUCUGGUGCCUGUAGUGUCCCUUUAAUGUGAGGUAAAUUAGAGAUUAGGGCCACUAAUAAUAUACUGGAUUGCCUACUUACCACCAGAUGAGGACAAGAGGAUGAUGAUAGGCUCAGGCUGCAGUCUGGCUCCACUGGUCUGGUGUUAAAACAGGCUCUCUGGAGGCAGUGCUUGCAAAAAUUAACUAACAGUAAGCAGCUCAAUUUUUUGAGGCCCCUUACACAGAUCACGGUCUGGGACCCCAGGGCCUGACCGUGAGUAUGCCUACAAGGCCCACCCAUUAGUUCAGUCACAGGGAGUGGAGUGUAUGUGUGUAGGGGAUGUGUUAUUGUAGAGGAUGUAAUGUGUGUGCGUUCUUAUGGAAUGUAGUGUAUAGGGAUACCAGUUUGUGAGGGAUGUAGUGUGUGUGUGUAAGGGAUGCAUUGUAUGAAUCUGUGUUUGUAUGUGUAAGGUAUGCAAUGUGCGUGUAACGGAUCCCCGGCAUUCCUCCGGCAGAGUAUAUCCGCUGUAUGUCUCCCAAAUCCCAAGUGAUGCAGUGAUUAUAGCUCCACAAGUUCCCAAACAUCAGCCUAGACUUGAUGAAGGGUAAAACAAAUCUGUUUAUUCCAGGCUCAUUGGCCUGCUUUUAUACAAUACAGGGACACACCCUUCACUGAUGCAUGCACUGACAUACACUCACUUAUAGUUACACAGUCAUUGUCACACACACUGUUUAACCAACACACACUUUCACUGAAACAUACACAUUCACAGGCAUACACACUCACUCACUCACUCAUUCACAGUUACACACACACACUCACAUUCACCGACAGACACACAUACACACUAGAUGACAGACACAUACACACUCACUGACAAGACACACAUGCAUGCUCACUGACAGAUGCACACUCACAGGGACACACAUAUACUCACUGACAGAUACACAAUGACAAACACACAUACACACUCACUGACAGGCAUAAUAUACACUGAGUGUCAGACACACACAUUCACUGACAGACACGGAUACACACACUGACACACGCAUACAUACACACUCACUGUCAAACACAUAUAUACUCUCAAUGACAAACACACAUACACACUGAGAAACACAUAUACACUCUGUGACAGACACACACACUCUAACAGGCACACACACACUAACAGAUACACACUAACACUCUCUAACAGACACACACACUAACACAUUCACUAACAAACACACACCAACACACUCACUAACAAACACACACUAACACAGUCACAAUUUUUUUUUGCUUACAUUUUGAAUUUUUCCCUGUGGUCCAGUUGGGCUGCUGCUGGCUGGGCUGGCAGGCGGUCAGGGAGACAGGAGCAGAGUUCAGACGGGCUGAGAUGGAGCUCUGAUCCUCCUGCGCCUCUCAGUGAUGCCGGAGCCGGAGUGCCGUCAUAUUCUGGCUCCGGCAUCACUGCGGUGCGCGCGAGGGAGCUAAGCAGGGAGAGCUCAGGGGACAGUGCUCCCUUGCCGCUCGCAUCAGGAGAUGCCAAACCCGGGGGGCCCUGAGGUGGCCAGCUUGCCAGCUCUCUGGUCCCCAAAGGCAAGAGGCUGGCAAGGCAUUUGCCAGGGCGUUUGGGGGGUGGCUUUUUUUGCCGCCCCCUGAAAGUGCCGCCCAAGGCAAAUGCUGUGUCAGCCUCGCGCUAAAUACAGCUCUGAGUGUGCCUGUCAGUGUGUGUCAAAUCAGUGAGUGUGUCAGUGUCCUCUGUCUAAAUGUGUGUCAGUGUCCUCUGUGUGUAAGUGUGUGUGUGUUUGUCAGUAUCCUCGGUGUGUGAAAGUAUUUGUCAAUGCCAUCUAUGUGUAACUAUUAUGUGUGUUAUAUUAUCAUUUUGUGACUUUUAUACUUCAGAGUAAUAGUUCAUACACUCCUCCUUACAUACAUAAUAUUCACAUUGUCAUAUUUAUUUGAAAAAUUAUCUUCACUACCUUUAAUCAUGCUUGUUAUCCAAUAUGGGAUUAACUUAAAAUAUCAGUGUAAUGUUUAAUUUUAAAUUUAAAUCAAUAGAAUUUACAUUCUUGAGGAAGGGGUAAUUGGGAUUUAUUUAUUUUUAGACCUGCAUGGGCACUUCGCUGUAAAAAGUUAAGAAACACUGCUCUAGAUUAGUUAAUCUUAACCAGGGAUCCAAAUGAUGCAGAUGGGAUUUUCUUGGCAAACUAUUCAUCAUUUAUAAAACUGACUUAAGCCAUUCAUCCAGUGUAAAUUAACUAACACUAAAAUAAAUUUUUCAAAAUGCAACAAUUAAACACUUCUGAGUAUCAAAGGGGCCUCCACUGCGUUGCAGAAGGCAUUGCUAUAUUACAGAAAACCCCUAAAUUCAGCCAUUUUGCUAAAAUCCUCAUGAAAAUGACAUGGGGACCCAUUUUAGGGUGGUGAUCCAUGGAUUUAAAAAGAACCCCUGAUGUAGACGCCAGGCUAGUUGCGCCCUCCCUCUCCCUUUGAUAGUUGAACAGAUAUCCCCCCUCCAUUGGUUUGAGCCAACAUGACCUCCCCUGGAAAAUUAUCCAUUUCCCCCUAAACAUCUCCAUUGCCCUGGGUAUUAAGCUGACACCUUUUCUCCUUUACUUUGGAGGUUGAGCUGAUUUACCUCCCCCAUCUUCAUGCCCCUGGUUGCUGAGCCAAUGCCCCUUCCACUGAAUGUAUAAGAGAUUCCCUCUCUCUCUCUGGCCUGUCUACUAAUUGUCAUCUCUUUACCCUAGCCCUCCCCCUUGGAUGCAAAGCUGAUUCCCUCUUCCCUGACCCCCCUUAACACACUGGAUGGUGGACCGAUCAUCCCUCUUUUUCCAUCCUGAAUCCUGAGCUUAAUCUCCCCUCUCCACCCCUUGGACCCUGAUAGAAUUCCCCCUCUGUCUUCCUCAAUGCUGAGUUCAUUACCCCAGAUGCUGAACCAAUUCACCCUAAUCUGUCCCUACCAUGGAUGCUAAACAGAAUCCCCUCACCCUCCCCUUUCCCUGGAUGCUCAGCUGAUUCUCUGUUCUCUCCUCCUCCCCCUGGAUGCUGAGCAGACUCCCCUCCCCUGGUCCAUCCUUCACAUUGGAUGCAGUGAUGGGGGGAGCUAUUCUGAGUCUCUGGUCGCAUCUGCAGAUCAGCCAUUUCUAGGUAUGUUUUCUCUCCCAUGAUGAUCUUUACACACAGGGCAGAGAUACACACACAGGGCUAAGUGACAGGUAAAACAAGACAUAUUGUAUGGGUAGGGGACAGGUACCUAGUCCUGCAGUCUGCAGUCUAUGUGCUUAGUGUAGGUGAAACCUUGUCAGAUAAUCCCUGCAGUAGCUGCAAUAAUUCAAUGUAUAGAAAUCAUGUUUAAAUGUAUAUAUUGGAGGAGAAAGGGCAAACCCUGUGUAGGAUGGUACAGUGUGUAUAGGGAUUAUCAUCAGGGGUAGGGGGAGCACUGCAGGCACUGCAUAUGGUUGGUGGCAGUCGGUGUUUAAAGCAAUCUGAUGUGACAACGGGUGGUACCAACAUUCAUUCCACAUCAAGAUGUGCAAAAUCUAGAUCUCUGUCUGUCUGGUGGAGAAAAACAAGGAGCGAGGAUGUGGGGUGGAUGGCAAAAUACUCCCAGACAGAUUUCAGAGAUAGUGUAAGAAGGAAGGUAGGUGGAUGGUGUAAGAAGGAAGGUAGGUGGGUGGUGUAAGAAGGAAGGUAGGUGGGUGGUGUAAGAAGGAAGGUAGGUGGGUGGUGUAAGAAGGAAGGUAGGUGGAUGGUGUAAGAAGGAAGGUAGCUGGGUGGUGUAAGAAAGUGGACAUUACGAGAACAGGAUGAGAGAGGGGUACUGAAAUCAAAGAAUGAGAAAGGGUAACAUGUUGUAAUGAAUGAUGGGAUGGUAUUCGGAUGAGAGAGUGAAUGGUGUGAACUCGAGAAGUGGAUACAGUGUUUUAGUGGGAAGGGGCGAGGUAUGGAAGGGGGAUGCUGCAAUGUGAAGGGAUAAGAAGGGCAUGAUGUAAGGAUUGGAAGGGGCACAGUAUGGGAACGAGAGAGGGUAGUUGUUGUAUGGAUGAGAGGUCUCAAGAUAUGGGGAUGAGAGGAAGGAUAGGGCAGGGAUUCAAGGGGCCCUGUGGAGUGAGAGGGGGUAUGUUAAGAAGAAAGAGGGAUUGAAGUGUGGGGAAUUGCUCCAUGUAUAAGAGGGGUAUGGCAUGGAGGUUAUUCGGGUUCAAAGGGCAUGAAGGGCAGGAGUCGAAGGAAUGAAAUGUGUUUUAUGCUGUGGAGAUGGGGUCGGUAAAUGAAGAGGAUGAGCAGGGCAGUGAUUAAUGGGGUCAGUGUGGGAAGAGGAGAAGCAGGGCAGAAAGUAUGAUGGUCAGUGUGGGAAGAUGUUGAGGAACAUAGAGUUUGUGAGGGUCAAUGUGGGAAGAAGGGAACAGUGCAAGGAUCAGCAGGACCAGUGUGGGAAGAUGAUGUGGAGUUUAGGGUUCAGGGGGUCAGUGUGGGAAGAAGGAGAGCAGUGCUGAGAUCAGAGGGGGUCAGUGUUGGAAGAUGGGGAGUAGUGCAAGGUUUAUGGAGGUCAGUGUGGGAAGAUGGGGAGCAGUCAAGGUUUACGGAGGUCAGUGUUGGAAGAUGGGGAGCAGUGCUGAGAUCAAAGGGGGGUCAGUGUGGGAAGAGGGGAAGCAGUGCUGAGAUCAAAGGGGGGUCAGUGUGGGAAGAUGGGGAGCAGUGCUGAGAUCAAAGGGGGGUCAGUGUGGGAAGAUGGGGAGCAAUGCAGAGAUCAGGGGGUCAAUGUGGGAAGAUGGGGAGCAGUGCAGAGAUCAGGAGGUCAAGGUGGGAAGAUGGGGAGCAGUGCAGAGAUCAGGAGGUCAAGGUGGGAAGAUGGGGAGCAGUGCAGAGAUCAGGAGGUCAAGGUGGGAAGAUGGGGAACAGUGCAGAGAUCAGACGGUCAGUGUGGGAAGAUGGGGAGCAGUGCAAGGUUUAGGGAGGUCAGUGUGGGAAGAUGGGGAGCAGUGCUGAGAUCAGAGGAGGGUCAGUGUGGGAAGAGGGUGAGCAGGGCAGGGAUCGGGGCAUCCGUGUGUUGGAAGAGGGAGAGGAGUUCAGGGAUCAGGAGGAGCAAGAAUGAAAGGAGGUACUGUGAGGAUAAAAUGGAGCAUGGCACAGAACCAAGAGAUGACAUGAGGGGGAAUUACACAGCAUGGACGACAGAAUAAAUGAUAAAAGGGUAGAAAGCAGGGAAGAGUGGAUGAAUGGAAAUGGAAUGAGGCCACUGGGGGAAAGAAGAAGGGUGUGGGGUGGAAAUGGGAUGCAGCAUUGGUAAAUGAUUUAAUUUAAAGACUUAACUUGAUAGAGACAAAAUAACAGAGAGUUUGGGGCUUUGGCCUGCAAGCUUACAAUCCACAUUAUCAUAACUUGAUAAUUCGAACAUCAUGUCAGCCCCUGCAUUAACCAUACAAGCCCUAAGUCACCCCGCAAGCCACACACAGUCACUUUGUGAGCCCCCAUAAUUAUGCAGAGCACCAGCUGUCUCCCUUAGCCCAUCCUUUCAAAAUGAGCCAACAAGCCUCCCAUUCACACACAGACCCUCGUUUUUACCCUGAAACCCCCCCACUGUAAAAAUGAACUCAAACAAAAUCAUUCUGAGAGCCCACAACCAUCCGGAAAAUCCGUCAACUAACACUUUAACCCUGACAAACCCACAACCACACCCUGCACUUUGUAAACACAUGGAUAUUAGGGUCUUGUGUUGUUCUCUGUGUUUAUGUGGCACUGUAUCAUUCUUUGACAUUAUGUAUAUUGUGUAUCUCUCUGCAUUGUGUAUAUUAUUCAGGCUAUGUCUCUGUGGUUUUUCAAUGUAAAGCUAGGUUGCACUUUGUAUCCUUGUGUUGUGGGGUUGAGCAUAAUGUUGUUGUUGUUGUUUAUAUUGUGUUAUAAACAUCUCAUCUCAGUAUAUUGUGUACAUCUCGUUGAUUGACAUUGCGUUACUGAACAGUAUAUGUCUCUGUGUUUCAUUGUAUAUAUGUUUUAUUCUCUGUGUUGUGUCAUUAUAACAUAUUAUAUAUUGUGCAGUACAUCUUUGUGGUGUUACUUUGUACAUCUUUACCACAUCAUCACCUGUGUAGUGGAAUUGUACACGUCUCUGUGUAUUUCUUUGUGUUGUGAUAUUGUGUAAUUUUUGCGGUGUUUGCCCCAUUUUGAAACACUGUGUAUCUAAGCUUUAGUUUUGUAGUUGCGUUGAAUUGCCCUAAACCCCUGUUGUUGAAGUCCUCUUAUAACACAUCAAGGAUGUCAAUCUGGUGUUUGUCCGCAGCUAAUGUGUGCUAGUGUUGUUCUUUGACCCUGGUAUGUGUGUUGAAUCACAUUGUGAUCAUGCAGAACCAGCUUGCCGUAUACAAUGUGCUCCUCAUCCUCUCACACAGUUUGCUGGUUCUUAUCUUAUAUUCUGCAGGUCAGCACCAAGAAGACUUCGAAAUCCAGUAACUCUUGGUCUAAUGAAAGUUGAAAUCAAUGAAUAAAGGAGGAGGCAUACAUAAUAUAAAAAUGCUGACAUAUAAUAUGGAAUAAAAUACUGGCCAGUUGCCAGGUACAAUUGAAAAUACCACUAUCUUGUCAAAAUGUCAUCACAAAAGCUCAAUUAGAGACGAACUGUAGAUAAUUCACUUGGAUCAAAGCUCUUGAUAGCAAAGACAAUGUUGGCUCCAAGAAAUGCCCUUGUUAGCAAUCUAAACUUUGUGCACCUACAACAUGUUUCGCUUGGGGUCCAUCUCUCACUGCGGUCUGAGCUCAUGGAAAAUUCCAUAACCAGAGACCCAGGCAAGGAGGAAAUAACUGGAUGUCACCUUUGGAAAGACAUACCAGACAGAGUUGAAGUUGAUGCCAAUUCGAAUGAUCCAUCUAUUCCAUGCCAGUGUUGUGACAAGCACACUGAGCAUGUAAGCUCUCGCCUGGAUAUAUCUCAGAACAAUCUGGAGUCAAGUGAUGAGAUCCUAUCUCCAUCCAGUCCAUUAUCUCCAUCCUCACCAUCUUCCAACAGCAGUAGUUCCUCAGACUUCACACUUGAUGAGUCACCAGUGUCCAUGUACUACAAGGAAUUCUUGCAGGAUGGUCCAGAAACCCCAGACCAGCAACCAGAUAUCAUCCCUUUGGAUUCUGCCAUUGAAGACGAUCUCACACCUAUACAACAGGAUUGUGAAACAGCAAGCACCAUAACACUGCAGUCAAGCAUCACAGGGGGCUUGAAAAGUCCCUCAACUGAUCCAUCCAUUGAGUGGGGGGCGGGAACUACAUUGGAUGAUAACUGCAAUGCCGUAUCUGAUCUUAAACCUGUUCCAGUUCCACGAAUUUCUGGAUUUCUGGAUUGUAACGAGGACAUACAACACAGAGCAGAGGCAGAGGACAACAAAAAUGCCAAUGUGACUGCAAUCCCUGAUACCACCCAUACCAAUCUGCCUUUGGGUACAGAUGAUGAACUCCUUCCAGGUCUGGUCUCCCAUGGAAAUCUAACCACACAGAGUCCUAAGAAGAAUAUAACCUCAUUCAAUGAACUGGCCCAAAAGAGGAGACGAAGUUCAGGAGUGCCACCAGCUCAGCAAUCGAAGAAAGACAGGAGCGACUGGUUAAUUAUAUUCUCCCCAGACAGCGAACAACCUCCAGUCAAUGAACUGACAGCUACAGCAUUCUACCACGGAACACUAGGAUCACAUUCUCUGCCAAUGCCAGCUGGAAAAGAGGUUACUACAUUUAGGGAACUUAAAUAUCGCAAUACCCUUAUAAAGCAGAAUACUCAGCAGGCAAAAGCUCAGGCCACCGGAGAAACUGAUCUUCAUAAGGUUACAGUUGGUGAUGAUGGGUCCCGGCAUCUAGUGGAAGGUAAUAAAUGGUACGAUAACCCAUAUUCGGAAGAAAAAUGUUCCAAGCACCCAAGGAACACCAGACCCCAACACCAUGAAAACAAACACCAGACAGCUAAAGCGAUGGUUGAGUCUAAUCUCCAUUUUGCAGGAGAUAGGAAGGAGUUCAUGAUGGCUGCAAAGGCUGAACAUAAAGACAUGGUUAAAGGAACAGAUUGGGAACUGUGGUCAGCAAUUGGCCAUUCUACCUCUUUCUCUAACCCAGAAGUGAAGAGGGAGAAGGGGGCAAAUGUAGAACCUAACUUUAAAGGAGGCCAGAGCCAAGUGAAGAAAGGAAUGGUCUGGAUUCGAGGGAUGGCAGAUGGAGGAGACAAGAAAAUCAGAGAAGGUAAGAACCUUCAAAUGUACAAUCGUGCCACAAAUGUGGGAGUGAUACAGGGACAUUAAAGGCUGUUGAAUAGGUAAAGUAAUAGACUAUUACAUGCAAUGACAGAACCCAAGAUAGUAACACCUAUUAAACACUAAACAUGCCUAAAAAUUGAACACAUUGUUAAUCUAAACAAUGGCAGUGUUUUAAACAUUUUAAUCACUACUUAACUCCACUUGGCCAAAGGCCUGUAACCCUCAAGACGUUGACAAACACCAUACCCCUUGACACUGUGAUGGGAACCCUCCAUAAUGUGAUGGGCUAAGGUGGAUACCAUUCAGUGAUGAUGACUUAUUAUCCCUUCGCACAUUGAUCUGCUUUGUCAACUUCCACACUGUGAUGGACUACAUAAGCUUAUGGUCAUUAAUGGUAAUUGCGGUCCUCCACGCCAGGACAGGCUCUGUAAUCUGCAAUACAGUAACUGGCUCACCAGCCUUCCACUCAGUAAUGGGCUUAGUAACAAUCCAUAAACUGACACUUCCUUCAACAUUCAAUGUGUUGACUGCUACCAUCUCCUUCCAAUCAGUGAAAAGGUUACCGUAUCAGAUUGCAAGUGGUCAGCUCCUGAAUUCUAGACUGUGACUAGCUUUACAGCAUUCCUUAAUGUUAUCUUCCAUCUUCUAUAGAGAAAUAACCCAAUUUGCUCUUUAACACAAAAUAUAUACUAAACACAUCAUAGAGAGACCAUUUUGAAAAUGUGUCUUGCAGUGACUAUUUCCCAAAAUGUACAGAAACCAUUCUUAUGCACAUAUCAUGUAACGUAUGAGCUGUUUCCAUACCAUUAUCCUUUCCCAGGUCACUGGUGCUCUGGUGUCUAUAAAAAUGAAUGCAACUCUUUACUAGGUAAUAAAACACAUUGAAUACCAUCAGCCAUUGAACAGUGUGUCCCACCGAGGUGAAUCCUGCCAUACAGAAAUAAAGCUUAUUAUAGCAAAUGAUCAGGGUCCCAUGUUGAAAUUGUGCUUUGUCAGUGAUCAUCAUUUUCAACUCCGUUGAUUUGGCCUGAAUUUUACAAAUUCUGUUUUCAGGUCACUUUUAUACACUGCUUAUAGGUAAACCUCACGUGAAGAUCAAACUUUGGCCAUUCCACCUUGUUCUACUUCAGUGUCAGUAAUUCAUUAAGAAGACUUAAUGGCAAUUUCUAAAACGGCAGUGGCCCUUUAUCACAUAAUGUCCAGAGUCUAUAUCCGAGAUCCCCAGACUUGACGAGCAAAGGCUCUUCUUAUUGGAAAGGUGACAGAUCAACCAAUAUUAGCUUGUAUACUGACACACACAUAGCUGAUGUAGACAGGAAAGUAAUGGGACUGGGAGGAUGCUUUGAAAUCACUCACAAUGUGGGGGCCAUUAUACAGUGUAUUCACAUGCAUUGUGUUUGUUCAUUGUUUUAUGUCAAACUAACUGUUACAUUUCUCUUCCCUCUCUUCCUGCUUGCUAUGUCCUUCCAUAUUCCGACAUAUCUCUAUCAACUUCCUCCAUAUUUCUCUUCAUGCAAAUCCUGCUGUAACCUGCAUGAACCAUGACAAAUCUGGUCCUUAACACCAUUCUCCAACUAACUUUGCACCUGAAAUCAUGAUGAUCUUCCACAACACCUAUUCUGUUUGACCACUGUCCAAUUCUUUGUCUGGCAAUUAUGGCUUCUACCUAACCUUUUUAUUUUGUAACCUGGUGUCUAACCUCCUUGGCCUCUCUCUUACCCGGUGUGUGAUCUCCCUGAACCUCAUCCAUGGAUGUUCAAUAUAUUUGUGAUUUACGUACCAUGGUUAUGCCUCAUUAUGUGUCUUGACUAUCCUCCUUCAAUGAAAUGUGUCUGUGCCAUUUCCUUGUAACCACGUGCCUGUGCGAGUGGCCCUACUUACAUGUUUCUCUCCUGCAAUAACCUAUCUCUGAAAUUGUGCCAUGGGAUUUCCCCAAUUUUUACGCUUCUUUUUGUACGACUUAUUAUUGUAUGUGUGACCCUAUGAAUCAAAACUGAUGUGCUUUAUCUUUUUCUUUUACCUUACGGUCAAACCUGUACCAUGUCUCUGUACGCAAUAAAGUGAGUGGCCUGCCCUGUACCUCAGCCAAAAGCUCCUCUGUAUUUGGCUCACAGGGAGUUCCCUCUCAUUUGCUCAUCCAGCUUUCUACUAACCCAAGUCUGAUUUGCCCGCCUGGCUCCCUGCCACCUUCCAGCCUAGCUCUGAACAGCUCCUAUAACUCUGCCAAAGCAGUGCUGCCCUGUGGCCACCGCACUCUCCUGCAGACGCUCCCUGCCCGCAUGUCCCCUGUAGGGGCUUUCUCUCCCCCACACCGGGGUUUUCUGCACCUGCUGGACACGCAUGAUGUGUCUGUACUGCAGUCACCAUUUUUUCCAAGGAACAGGAUGCUACCCAGGCUGUCACCAGAGAGGGGACCUCUCUGCACCCCCCACUUGGAUACACCAAGCACAGGUUUGGGAGUGAUAGGGCGGGGGUGAGGGAGGUGGGUGGGAGGAAUUGUUACAGUUUUCUGCUAUUUAAUACCCAUCACCCCAGAAAUAGAUUCUUUAUAUCCUCGCACCAUGCAUGCACUAACAGCUAGAGUCUCACUGAAAGAGCAGCGGAUCUCUGAAUCUUCAACCAGAAUAUGUGGUAGAGCAGGAGUGAGCAUAGCCAAGGCUGGCAAAGCAUUAUAGGUAUUUCCUUUUUUACAACAGCUGGGGUUCUGCCUUUUGGCAAUUAUUGCUUACUAAUGCCUGGUUAAAGCUUAUUAUAAAUCCUUAAAAAAACAAAACAAAACACCGAGUAUUUACAAACAAUACACCAAAAUGUUACAUUGUCCCGUCUUCCCACUGUACUGUUAACCAAUAACCACCCCCCUCACCACUGUACUGUUAACCAAUAACCACCCCCCUCACCACUGUACUGUUAACCCCUAUACCCCCCUCACUACUGUACUGUUAACCGAUAAUCCCCCCUCACCACUGUACUGUUAACCCCUAUACUUACUACUGUACUGUUAACCCCUAUACCCCCCUCACCACUGUACUGUUAACCCCUAUACCCCCCUCACUACUGUACUGUUAACCCCUAUACCCCCUCACUAUUGUACUGUUAACCCCUAUACCCCCCUCACUACUGUACUGUUAACCAAUAAUCUCCCUCACCACUGUACUGUUAAACCUCUCACUAUUGUACUGUUAACCCCUAUACCCCCUCUCACUAUUGUACUGUUAACCCCUAUACCCCCUCACUGUUGUACUGUUAACCCCUAUACCCCCUCACUAUUAUACCAGCUAACCCCUAUACCCUCUCACUAUUAUACUGUUAACCCCUAUACCCUCUCACUAUUGUACUGCUAACCCUAUACCCUCACUGUUGUACUGUGCAACCCCUAUACCCUCACUAUUAAUUGUUAACCUCUUAUACCCCCUCCUCACUAUUAUACUGUUAACCCCAUACCCCUCCUCACUGCUGUACUGUUAAACCCCAUACCCCUCACUGUACUGUUAACCCCUGAAUUCCCUCCACUAUUGUAUACCCUCUCACUAUUGUACUGUUAACCCCUAUACCCCCCUCACUGUUGUACUGUUAACCCCUAUACCCCCUCACUAUUAUACUGUUAACCCCUAUACCCCCUCACUGUUGUACUGUUAACCCCUAUACCCCCUCUCACUGUUGUACUGUUAACCCCUAUACCCUCUCACUGUUGUACUGUUAACCCCUAUACCCCCUCUCACUGUUGUACUGUUAACCCCUAUACCCUCUCACUGUUGUACUGUUAACCCCUAUACUCCCUCAUUCUCCCCCUUCCUCCCCUGACAGUCUGGAUCAGGUGGCCACGCCCCCUGCCUUAGCUUACAAAUUUCCAUCCCGGAAGUAAACAAGGCAGAUUAGUCAUGGGAGAUUGUGGUUGGUGCGUUUCAUUCACGUGACUCACAGUGACCAACCAGACACGUCCAUGUGAUCCAAGCUCUAUUUUGUGCCGUUUGAAAAAGGCCGCAGGGUCCUAGGUACCGCCAGCCGAGGGUCUCACGCUUCCAGGGUGAGUGAAAAGGGAGGACUGGGAAAAGCCAGGCCAGGAGAGGAAGGGGUUAACAGUCUCAGCCAUCAGGCAAGGUUAGAGGUUAUAAUAAACCCCAGGCUGAGUACACAUUGCACUUAAAGGGACAUGACCCCUGAUGGCAGUGACACCUCUAUAUCAUAGCAUUAAAGGCCAUGCUGGCCCCUGUAUCAGGGUCUUAUUUAACUAUUUACUGAAUGUGUAUAUUUGGGAUAUAAAGCUCCUCUUUCUUAUGGGGACAUGCAAGCACCAUAACCACUGCAGGUCGUUGUAGUGGUUAUGGUGGCAUAAGACUCAUGUGUGCUGUUUCCAGGUUUUCUGUGAAGCCAUUUUACAGCAAUACGACAAGAACUGGUAGCCUGUGUACUCAGAAACACCCCCCUGUGGAGUUGCACUGAUAACAGUGGAAAUUAACCUUUUGGGUUAUGAAGUGCAGGCCGCAAUGGUAGGCUGGAUGGGUGCUUUUUAGUAAACUAGUACAAAAAGUGCCCAUAGACUAAAAAAAAACUAACAACAACAUACCCGCUACAAUGUGCUGCAUUGGUUAUAGUGCUUUGAUGCUAUAAGCAUUGUUUGGUACUAAGAACCAUAACCACUACACUUAAUAGUGGAUUUAGAGCUCUCAGAGUAACUAACUGCUACCCACAGUGGGUGACGGUUUUUAUAGAAAAUCAUUGAAUGGGACACAGAACUGAAUCCCUGCGAUAGAGAAAGAACUUUGCACUAUUGACCAGAGUUAAAAAUCCCAUCUCUGGUAGCCGCUGCCAAAUGGAUAAACCAUUAAUCAAGCAGGGAGACAGCACAUACAUUCUUACCAGCGGACAGUGGAACACAGGUUGUAUCUGUGUAUCAAAUAACAAAUAACCUGAUUUUACGCCUCAAAUGCAUUAAUGUCACUCUAAGGUAGUGUGUGAGGUCAAAACAUUUUCCAUACUUAAUGCUUGGUAGUGUGCCUGCUGUAGUUGUAAAAUAAAUUAAAGGGACACGAUGGUCACCAAAACAACUUUCACUUAAAGAAGCAGUUUUAGUGUAUAGAUCAUGACUUUGAAGUCUCACUGCUCAAAUCACUGCCUUUUAGGAGUUAAAUCACUCUGUUUCUGUUUAUGCAGCCCCAGCCACACCUCCCCUGGCUGUGACUCACACAGCCUGCGUGAAAGAAAAUGGUUUCAUUUUCAUUUAGAUGGUACUUACUUUACAAGUUUUUUUUAUCUCCUGCUCUGUAAAAUGAACUUUAAUCAGGCACAGGAGGCUCCUGCAGGGUCCAGCAAGCUUUUAACAGAACAGGAGAUAAGAAAUUCCCAAUUAAACAGAAUUUGCAAUAAAGGAAAUAUAAACAUUAGUUGACUCUUUACAGGAAGUUUUAGGAAGGCUGUGCAAGUCACAUGCAGGGAGGUGUUACCAGGGCUACAUAAACAAAGUGAUUUAUUUCCUAUAUGUUGGAAAAUUCAGCAGUGAGACUGCAGGGGCAUGAUCAAUACUCCAAAAUUGCUUCAUUAAGCUUAAGUUGUUUGGGUGACUAUAGUGUCCCUUUAAGCCAUGCUUCCCCAAACUCCGGCCCUCCAGAUGUUGCUGAACUACAACUCCCAUGAUUCUCAGCCUAUUUCAUUCAUAGAAUCAUGGGGGUUGUAGUUCAGCAACAUCUGGAGGGCUGGAGUUUGGGGAAGCCUGCUUUAAACCAUUGCAUGUCAGACAGCACUUGAUUCAUCGGAUGGUUUGGAACACUGGUGGCCUCAAAGAUCAGCAGCUUCAGAUAUUGCUAUUGUUAUUAUUUGUGUUCUUUAGAGAAAUGUGAUAACACACCAGGGAUCUUCAGACAAUGCUGAAUUUGUCUCUAGGGUUGGCAGAUCUACAAUGUUUUUCUGGGCACUCCUCACUCUUCUAUGCUGUUAGACAGCACAUACAAAUCAUGUACUGCAGGAAGACACUAGCUGUUCAAGGAGUAUGUUACAGACUACAGGGCAUCACUUUUCAUCUUCAUCCCAUCAAAACAAAGAUGUGCUCUGUCUCCCAGAAAACACUGCAUCUGAAGCUAGGUUUUGAUCUAAUGUACCUGUUGGGGGGCUAACUUUACAUUAUCAGGGCAAACUCAGUCGAGGUGUGGGGUUUGGUUGUAUGUGUAAGCGUCUGUUUGUUAUUGUAAACCUGGUGUGUGUGUGCGUGCUAUUGAUUUGUAUGAACAGUGUCAGUAGUGUGGUCUGUUGUCGUUUGAGUGUGUGAUAUCAACCUGAUAGAACAAUACUGAUUUUGUUUCUUGAUUUUAUUUUUCAGUCCAAGAGCAGUUCAUGGCAGAUGGAGGGAAAGACUCAUUACAGCAGGAAAAGAAAGGUUGGUGCAGUGUUAAUGGACCUAGUGUGCUUUGAGGGUACAGAUAACAUGGUGCUGGAAACUAUAUAGCAGCGCUGUACGACAGGUAAAACAAGACAAACUAUUCUAACGAAACACGUUUGCACACAGGAACAGUAGAUAAAGGGCCUUCCAAGAAUAGUUUACAAUCUCAAAGGCAAGCAAUACAUACAUAGAGGGAAUCAAAUUAUCUGGUUAUACCUGAGGGUGGGAGAUGCAUUUUGGUUGAGGAAGCACAGCACAUGGGAGGAAGCAGAGUAAGAUUAUCAGGAAGGAGGAGUUAAAGGAACAGUAUAGCGUUAGAAAUACAAAUACGUAUUUGUAAUGCUAUAGUGCCCUAGUCACUGUCUAGGUAACAUGACCCCUGCUGAAAGGGACCUGCUCCACCUGUUUGGCUGAGAUCAUUGAGAUUGAUGAUCUUAGCAACGCUAUCUAUAAGAAAGCAUGGGGAGGAUAGUGCGCAUGCAUGGCAAAAAGCUAUGCUGCGCUAGAAAUAGCAGUGUUUUACUCUGCUAUGUCUUCAGAAGUGCCUCGAGUGGCUGUCUGAGUGACAGCCAUUACAGGCUUUGAACCUUGUCUUGAAAACAUUGCAGUUCCUGCUGACUGGCAAUGUUUUGAACUGCAGGGUUAAAAUUGAGGGUGGUGGGGGGAUAUGGCUCCCAGACCACUUCAUUGAGAUGGAGUGGUCUGGGUGCCUAUUGAGUUCCUUUAAGGGGGCAAAUAGAAUAGGCUCCCUAAAGAAGUGUGUUUUUAAGGAUUUUCUUUCGAAAGACUACAGAGACAGGGAGAAACAAAGCAAUUUCUUUUUGCAUGUGUAAAAUAUUUCCUGUGAAAUAAGAUGCAAAAUUAACAACAGUGAGAUUAGUAGGUGGUAGAGAUGACAUGGGGUGCAUUAGUGAAUUAAAGGUUUGGGAUCACACGAGAAGGUGGAGAUGAGGAAAGUGAAAUAUGUUUGUUUUGUAAGAGUGAGGGCCUGCUGUAGGAAUGCAACAUACAUUUGUAGUGCCGUAAGUCAGCCAUACUAUGAGACUUCCUUCAGUAAUGUUCCUCCACUCUCGAGCACCUCUUGUGGUAUCGGGUGGAUUUUAUAUGCCAGGUCUGGCGUCUAGUUUUAAGGGCAGUGAGUGGACAUAGAUUACCCAGGGUACUUGAGAGGGUAGCGUUAUAGGGUAGUUUCCAUAGAAGAACAUGUGGUAGUAGACGGGUGGAAGGAGAGGUUGGAUGUCAGCGGGAAGCUGCUGCAGAUCAAGAGAUUUCAGGUUUCUUCAGAGUCUGUGUGCCAUGUGAGGGUAGUCAGGCUGGGGGCAAAAUAAGAUUGCCGCUUAGGAGGUGGCAGUCAGAGAGAGGGAGGGGUGUGUUAGUGAUACAACAAAGUUUGGAGAAGAUAAGGUCUAAAGUCUUGCUGGCUUGAUGAGUAGGAGAAACUGCACCCCUCACACAUGCCAUUGGUUUUUAUUUCUGGCUGACCCCAGUCUGCGAAAUAUUUCUCCUCCUUUUGCUGGGCUGCGGGUGCUAAAAGGUUGCAGAACUGCAUUAGAUGACUCUUUACAGGUAGUCUUUAGGAAGGCUGUGUAAAGCACAUGGCUAGGGCUGCAUGAACAAAGUGAUUUAUCUUCUUCAAUAAAGGUCUCUAUUUUUCAUAUCACAUGGCUGGAUAGUUUCCGGACAGACCUCGUAUAUUUACUGUUUGAAAUGUUUUGGGAAACCAAUAAAGGGACAUGCUAGGCAUAAUAACUACUUCAUCUCAUUGAAGUAGUUAUGUACCUGGCAUCCUCUCAAGCCAUGCUACAGUUCAGUGUUAAAUUGAAUAUUGAAAAGCUUUUAACACUGAAUGAGGUUCCCGAACCGCAUGGAGCCUGGAGCUCACUAGAAGUAUGACAUACCAAUUCAUACCAGCUUGGGGCAACUGUGGUAAGUUGAGAGCCAACAGUGGACGAUCCUAGGAAAUCCCUGCCAUCUAUGGCUACUUGGGCUAAUGCAGAAGCAUUAGCCUGUGCAUCAAAAGGAGCUGUGUUACAAGGAGACAGGGAUACUCAGUAUUUAAACUUUUAAAAACAGUUAUAGUAUAAAAACUGAAUUGUAUGAUGGACCCAGAAAGCUACAGGCACCAUUACCACUCAGAUGAGAGGAAGUGGUUACGGGUAAUAGAACUGUGUGCCUCCACCUUGGCUUCCUCUCAAUCACUGUUCUAAAGAAUGCAAUUUCCUGCCACUAGUGAAACCUCUUAAUCCACAAAGAGACCUCCCUGCACUAUACAUCCAAUAUGGAGCAAAAAUCGUCAAUGGACUUAAGGGAACAUAGUGUAGGGGAAAACAAUAUUUCUUAAUCUGCUGUGCCAUGUGUGCCCUUGCUGAACUUUAAUAUACAUUUAAAAGAAAAUGAAGUAUUACAUGAAAAAUAGUACAAUUUAAAUGUUUUCGGUGUGCAUCUCUAUAAUGGUGUAAUUAAAUAUAUAUGUGACUUAUAAUUUUUUUUGCCCAAGAUGAUUCACACUUGUGAUCAGAACAACUUGAUUUCUCACUUUGUGCUUCUCUAUUCGUUUUACCAGGUCUGUUAGUUGCGAUUGGUUCAUCUGUAGACAACAUUAUCCGUCAUUUCAACAGCAGCAGAAACCAAGUGCAAAAGGUGAGAUAGCGGUGAUGUAUGGGCUGCCUGAUCGGUAAGGAGAUGAAUAAAUGUACCGGAGAGAUCAGACCUGGAUGCAAAAUGUUUUGAAGGGUAGAGAAAUGGAUGAAAGGUUUUAGAUUAGGGUGUAGUUUGAGAAUUGAGAGGCACUAGUAUGCUUGAGAUGGUAUACGUGUUAAGAACUAUUGGGAUGAGGAAGGUGGUGUUAGAAUUAAGGGGCACUGAUAUCGAUAUUGGAGUGUCAGAGUAGAGCUAGGAUCGGUGGAGAUGAGUGAGUAGAGGUAUGUAAGAGAGCACAUACUUAGGGGUUGCUGAGUUGGGUAAUGUGGUUUCUGAGAGUUGAAAGGUCCUGUAAAUGUUGGGAACAGAUGAUGGCGGUCAGAGUUAGCAAGGAGGAAACAAUGUGAGGAUAUGUUGUGAUCAGUGCGUAAUCUCUACAUUCUUUCAGACUCAACUCGGUGACAGCAAAAUCAGUCCCGAGCUUGGCUAUCUUCUCCUAAAUGGCCUGUGCCCCUCCAUUUAUGGUCUGCUGAGUAAUGGAUUGAAGCCUUUUCAGAAAGAUGUGAUCAUUGGAAGGAGGAGGCUGAGUCCGUGGAAUUUGGUUGAGACCUCCAUUAAACAAGGUGAGACUUGCACCAUCUUUGUUCGGGGGUCACAAAAUGCAGAAUUUCUACCAUAAGUAGCAUUGGAGCUCGUAACAUUUGUCCGAAAGAAAACAGGUUGAAUAACUUACAGAUAUCUUAAUACAUUUCUCUCUUAGAUUCCACACCAGGGUCUACACGCAACCUGUUUCACUCCAUCAGUAGUUUCUCACAACUCCGAGAUCCCCAGAGAAGGUUCAAUGCCUUCAUUUUUGGACUACUAAAGUAAGUGGAAAAAGAGGGUGUCACUCACAGAGUGGAUAAGGCUUUGAUCUAUUGUGAUGGGGUUGAAGCAUGCAGGAAGUGGGUACCUUCUGAAUGGGACAUACCAUGAAAGAUAAGUGUCUUUGUCAGUAAAUGUCAUUCCCCAAAUUUGACUAUUUUUUUUUCCUUUUUUCUCAGCAUUAAACAGUUGGAUCUUUGGCUAUCACAUCUGCAUCAAUCCUAUGGUGAGUAACACUAAAGUCUAGUGCCCAAAGGCUGUAUCAGUUACACUUAGGUGUUCACAAAUAUAGGCUGCAGAUAAUUUUUUGAGAAAACACAAGUUGAAAAGUGCCAUUAGGGGGUCAAUUUAAGAUCCGGUUUGUGGUCAGAUACAGGUCCAAGAUCCCUGAUGUUCGGACUAAAACCCAAGCAGCAAUGUGUUAUUUUUAAAAUGCCAUCAUAUUCCACAGUGCUGCAUUGUAUGUGAAUUAUUGAUACAGGUACAUGAGUAUAAUCAAAAAGAAGCAAUAUGCGAUGAAUGCCAUGCUCAGUAUAAGUAUUAUCGAUCAUUGAAAACAGAUACAACUUACCAAUCUCCAUCCAACAGAUCUCUACUCAACCGUUUAUGGUCCCACUGCUUUCCUGACACUAGCCACUACUUCUCAGCCCGAGCUUUUUGAGGAGCUUCUUCUGAUCUUGCAACCUCUAUCUGUUCUGACCUUCCACGUGGAUCUACUGUUUGAACAUCACCACCUGCCGCUGCAGGACCCUCCCGAUACCCACCAACGUCACAGCUAUGGACAUAUCGUAUCAGACCCCUGGGGAGGGAAAUCUUUUAAGCAUAUCCUGCAAUGGGGAGAACAGUUUGCACACAAUUUGGUAGGAAGUAAAGAGGACACCUUGUUGAUUUGCAAGGAUAACCCUCAGGACUUGUCUUCCCCCCUAAAGGAGACACUGGAGAAACCCUCACCCAGUAGAGACACUCCAGUGAAUUCAACUUCUAACUGGUGGCAACAUCUUAGCCAGGCUUCACGCAUGUAUAUUCCUUCUAAAAAGGAUUCUUUUGGCUUUGCACCUUUGAUAAAACUGAGAAAUUGGGGUGUUCCUGAGAGUGAACCAAGUUCAUCUGUGAUCUCAGAGUCCAUGAGACCUAAGCCCACAGAACUAGAUCCUUCAACUGUGAAUGAAGGCAAUAAACCCAAAGUGCAGCCCAACCAGUAUCCCAGAUCAAAACAAGAUAAGGUACACUCUAGCAGACCCACUCCUUCAGACAACGGAUCAAGCUCUGUGUCGGUUGAGAAAGAGAAAUGCACUAAACCAGAUGCUCAGAAUGAAGUUCUGCCGCAGAGUAAUGAGGAUUGGGGAAACAGGCUUGGACAUCUAUUUGGUGCAAAUUCUGCUCAUUAUCGGGAAUUGGAAAAGGGAAAAAUAAAAUCGAGGUAGGUGAUAACCAGCAUACAGUUCUGAUGGCCAAGGUGCAUUUGUGGAAAGAGUAAGGAAACUAUAAUAUUGUAAAAUGUGUAUGAUAUGUACUUGUAAAGAAGAUAGAGUAAGUAAUUUAGUGUGUCCCCCCCUCUGUAGAAGGCCCUCCAGUUGGUUGACUCCCAAUAUGAAUGUAUUGGAUUUCAUAAGGAAGCCACCUCCACCAGAACACAUCACAGGGCUACCUCCAGACACGGAUAAGAGCGAUCAGGAGAAUACUGGUAAAAAGGAAAGGUAAGAUCACUUCCAUUUCCAGUCUCGUGUUAAAAUGCAGUUUUUCUAUAUAUCCGUCUAGGUACCAGCAUGUGCAAGCAUUGCUAUGAGCUUUUCCUGUAAGUGCUACAUUAUAGCAGUUGUAUUUCUGCAUGCUCUGCGAUCAUGCGGUGAAUCUCUAUUUGCAGGACCCUACAUCAGCUGUGCAUUUCAACCUAGAGGGCCAUAACAAGUGUAGUGUGAUAUAGCAUGGUAUUUCUUCCCAUGGGUCUGUCUGAGUCCUGUGUGAUCACACUGUGUUUGUUUAUAUUUUUUGCAGGUCUCUACGAGCACUGUGCGAUCAUGCUUGCACAGAGCAGGAUCAGCUGAGCUUUAAGAAAGGUGAUGUUCUGCAGCUUCUAAGCACAGUGGACGAGGACUGGAUCUGCUGCCGUCGUGGACAGGACACUGGUCUUGUUCCAGUCGGAUACACAUCGCUAAUAUUGUGAGAACCACUGCAUUGAAAAAGAUAAAGAAAAAAACAAAGUAAUGUAGGACAGUAUUUCACCAUACUAAACCACUUUUAACCUCUUCCAAAGACAGCCACAAACACAAACCACCUCUGUGGGCCCCAGCAAGAAAGAGAUGUCACUCGGACGUUAUUAACAAGGGUCCUUAUCGUCUGUUUCAUACCAGUUAUCAGAGACUGGCCCUCUCUUGGCAUAGACCAUAAAACACCAACAUUUUCCAUAUAGCGCCGAUAGAGCAUAAACAUGGACAUGCUGCCAACUACCAUGUAGAACAUGGGGCCUGAUAUGAUACAUUGGCAAUGGGCACACAUCAGCCUCACUCCACUUGCAUGGGAGGCAUGAGUCAACGCUGGACGCUCUGUAGAAAGAACAUUCCAAUAAAAUGCUAUAAGCUGGAGUUUGGAUUGUGGGCUGUAUAUUUAGAAUAUUUAUAACUACAGUAUACAUUAUAAAUAUAUAUACACAAACUGCACUGGCUGUAAUGAAUUGUAAACAGAUGUGUAUUAAUGAUUAUAUUGUAAGCUCUUGGGUCAGAUAUUGUAGCUGUAUUCUGUAUGGAGUGCUGUUUUUAUCUAUAUCUGUCUCUAGAUAUACACACAAGUAUGACAAAGCUGAGCAGAGGGAGAUCCCCAAAUAAAAUGUUUAUGGACACAAUUGUUUGAAUGUGAGAAAUUUAGAAUACAGAGAUAAUUCACUUACGGUUUUUGACAAAGUUUAGAGGCACAGGGUCCUGCGUUCUUUUUAGAUCACAUAAAAACAACACAAAAAAAACGCACCAGUACAAUAUAAAUGGGCUAGAUGAUUUGGUUCUGCACUCAUCAAUGUUGAAACUUUUCUUUACAUCAGUU